AUGUCCGCGAGCAAUAAUGACGCUUCCGCUGCAGCUGCAGAGGCCGCCCAGACCGCCGCCGCCGAGCAACCCGCAGCGGGCCAGGGAGCCGUGACGGAGCAAGCCGGGGAGGAGGAUGCCAAUGGCCACCCUGAGACCAUCUUCUCCAUCACCGUCAAGCUCCCCCAUGCGCCGUUCGAGCAUUCCAUCACGAUCUCGACGCAGGAACAGGUCCAGGACCUCCGCCAGGCCAUCAUCGAGACGCCGCCGCUGUUCCAGUACUCGUGCUUCCACCUGGAGCUCGAUGGGCAGCGCAUCAACGACUACGUCGAGCUCUCCGAGGUGCCGGGCCUCAAGGCCGACGCGGUGCUGACCCUCGUGGAGGACCCAUACACGGAGAAGGAGGCGCGCAUGCAUGUCAUCCGCGUCCGGGAGCUGAUUGGCGCUGCCGGCGACCGCACCGAUGCCCUCCACGGCAUCACCGCGGGCCUGUCGCUGCACGACACCCUUGGGCUGGACGAGUCUGGCAAGCCAAAGCAGGAGGGUGCAGACAAGACGCCCCUGAGCGAUUACGACUUCAAGGCCAAGGGUGACGUGAAGAUUCUGCUGCCACCUACGCAGGAACCUGCGCCCAAGACGAUAAAGUCCAUUUCCGUUUCCUCGUGGAACCCGCCCCCGUACCACCUGCGGUCGAAGGGGCACCUGCUGUAUCUGCACGUCACCACCAACGAGGGCGAGCAGCAUCACAUCACGGCCCAUGUCGCCGGCUUCUACGUGAACAAGUCGACCAAUGCCAAGUUCGAUCCGUCACCGCGUCAAGCACCAAAAGACCACUCGGCCCACUCGCUCCUAGCCCUCCUCGAGGACAUCUCCCCCUCCUUUAGCUCCUCCUUCAAAGCGUACCUUGAACAUACUCAGAAGAGGGAUCCGCUCACCUUCUUCCAGCUCUCCAAUGCCAUCCCCGCGAACCCCUGGCUCGUCCCUGCGCCAAACUCGCCGCAUACUACCCACCAGCCCGAUCUGGCACGGACACAGGAGAGCUACCUGAUCGCCGGCGUGGAGAACACGGAGACGCUUCGAGACUGGAAUGAGGAGUUUCAGUCGACGCGGGAGAUGUCCAAGGAGGCUGUCCAGGACCGCGUGUUCCGUGAACGGCUCACCUCGAAGCUAUUUGCAGACUACAAUGACGCUGCCACUCGCGGUGCUAUGCUGGUUGCGCGCGGCGAGAUCGCACCCCUCAACCCGACAGAAGCCAAGGACGCCCAGAUUUUCGUGUACAACAACAUCUUCUAUUCAUUUGGUGCCGACGGUGUAGGCACUUUCGGAACCGAAGGUGGCGAUGAGGCAGCUCGUGUGGCAGUUGGAAAGGAUGUCUUCGGCGUUCGCGCGGUGAACAAUCUUGACAUCCCCGGUCUUUUCACCUCCGGGACAGUCGUUGUUGAUUAUCUCGGCAAGCGCAUCGUUGGCCAGAGUAUCGUUCCUGGCAUUUUCAAGCAGCGGGAUCCCGGGGAGCACCAGAUCGACUAUGGUGCGGUUGAGGGCAAGGAAAUCGUCGCGGACGAUAAGUCAUUCGUUCCUCUUUUCGAGCAGCUGUCGAAAGCCCUCCGAGUCAAGAGGCAUCCCGUAUGGGACAAGGACAACGUUCGACACGAGCUUGAGGGCAGCGUUGAGACAAAGGGUCUGAUUGGUACUGAUGGAAGGCGAUAUGCGCUUGAUCUGUACCGUCUUACUCCGGUAGACGUGUCCUGGAUCGAAGAGCAUUGGAGCGAGCCGGACAAGGAUGGCAAGCCGAAGCCCAAGGAAAAGGACUACCCCCACCGUAUGGCCACUCUGCGCCCUGAACUCGUGGAAUCGUAUGGCCGGCUGAAGCUGCGAGAAUACGUCAAAAAAGAGCUGGAAAAGAAGGCCGAGGCCUCCAAGACCGGCGAAGGCGCGGAGAAGCUCGAGGCGAAUGGCGAUGAAGAGCCGAAGAAGGGGACUUCCGAGGAGCGGGAGAUAAAGGAGGAUGCGGAAGCCGCUGACCAGGACCGCGUCGACAUCUCCGGCUUCGAGUUCGCCCUGAACCCGGAUGUUUUCUGUGGUCAGCACCCUCAGUCGGAUGAAGACAAGGAAGAGUGGGCCAAGGACGAAGCCGAGGUUCGCGCAGCUUGCAACCACCUGCUUUCCGACAUUAUCCCGCGCUUGAUUGAGGAGCUCAAGGACGGUGAUGUCGGCUUCCCCAUGGACGGCCAGUCUUUGAGCGUGCUUCUUCACAAACGCGGAAUCAACAUCCGAUACCUCGGCAAGAUCGCCGAACUCGCUGACAAAGAAGACCCGCGUCUUCAGGCCCUCAGGCGGCUAAUCAUCCAGGAAAUGAUUGCUCGCGGUUUCAAGCACUUUGCCAACUCGAAGCUGCGCAAUCUUUCUGCUCCUUUUACUGCUCCGUGUGUUGCGCAUCUGCUCAACUGUCUUCUCGGUAGCGAGCUGAACGCGAAACCUGUCGCCGAGACCGACUCUGCGCUGAAGCCCCUGUAUCCGGAGUGUGACUUCAGCUUUGAGAAGCUGACUCCUGAGGACGUGAAGAAGGAAGUCCUGGCACAAGUUGCUCUGAGGUAUCGGUACAACCUCGGUGAUUCCUGGGUCGAGUCAGACAAACAGCUGCAGCUCCUGCGAGAAGUUUCUCUGAAGUUGGGCCUGCAACUGGAGAAUAAGGAGUAUGCUUUCACGAAGCAAGCAGUUGCUAACGGUGUUUCGACUGAGUCGGCACCAUCUACCAACGGGCAUGCGACUUCGUCAAGCAAGAAGAAGAAGAACAAGACCGCUUCUCCCUCGCGUGCGGCAAGUCCGGUCGCCAGCGGGCCUCAGACAUUCCACGCCGACGAUGUUCUGAACAUUGUUCCGGUGGUGAAAGAGGCGUCACCGAAGAGUGUCCUUGCCGAGGAAGCCCUAGAAGCCGGCCGUAUGUCCAUCGCCUCGGAGCAGAAGGAACUUGGACAGGAGCUUCUGCUUGAAUCGCUCACCCUUCAUGAGCAGAUUUACGGAGUCCUUCAUCCGGAGGUGGCUCGGGUGUAUCACACCCUUUCGAACCUGCUCUUCAACUUGGACGACAAGGUUGCCGCCCUAGAGCUCGCACAUAAGGCUGUCAUCGUCUCCGAGCGGACGCUUGGCAUCGACCACGCCGAUACGGUGCUGGCCUAUCUGAACCUCGCCUUGUUCGAGCACGCUACAGGCAACGGCAAGACCGCGCUGAUCUAUGUUCGCCACGCUCUCGAGCUGUGGAAGAUUGUCUACGGUGCCGACCAUCCCGACUCCAUUACAACCCUCAACAAUGCGGCCGUAAUGCUCCAGACAUUGAAGAACUUCCCAGAGUCCAAGGUGUGGUUCGAAGCCUCCCUUUCCAUCUGCGAAGAUGUAUCCGGCAAGAAUUCGAUGAAUACGGCCACUCUCCUUUUCCAGACUGCGCAAUCUCUCGCCCUGGUAAAGGACAUGCGGGGUGCCGUCAACCGCAUGCGCGAGUCGUACAACAUUUUCAACACGCUGCUCGGCGCUGAGAACCAGAAUACCAAGGAAGCAGAGCAAUGGCUCGAGCAGCUCACUUCGAGCGCCGUCACUCAGGCUAAGCAGACGCAGGCCCUCGCCUCAGGCCGCCUUCGCCGCAUUGGACUUACUGGUAGGGGCUUGAGGCCUCAGGCAGCGGUCGGACAAACAACCAGCGAAACCACGACGGCCAACAGGCCGCGCAGCAGCACGAAUCGCGUCGACCAGCGCAGCAUUGAGGAACUGCUACGAUAUAUCGAAGGCGACUCGCCGAAGAAGACGCCUAAGAAGCGGACACCCGCGGCGAACCCGAAGAGAAGAACGCAGAAGGCUUCGUGA